AUGCAUUACACCACCUGGCUCCUCACCAGCAUGGCCCUACCAAUCAAUCAACUAGCGGCGGCAAGCCCAUCUUCACAACCAGCCCACAAGGCCUCCCAAGUCUACGACACAACAGAUCAACUCCCACUCCCAAAUCUCGGCAACAUCGUCGCGCAUGACCCCAACAUCCUCCUCUGGGAAGACUACUACUACCUAUUCCACGGCGACGUGCAUAUCCCCAUCCACCGCGCCCAAAACCUCAGCGGGCCAUGGGAAUCAGUCGGCACAGUGCUCAGCGGACCCUCAAUAAUCGACACGCAAAACCGCACGCGACCCUGGGCCCCCACAACCAUCGAAGCAAACGGCACAUUCUACUGCUACUACACGCUCAGCGAGCACGGCUCGCGCAACAGCGCGAUCGGCGUCGCAACAACCACCUCGCUAGACGGCAGCGAAACCUGGACGGACCACGGCGCCGUAAUCCGGACCGGGCACGGGAACGGAUCGGACAUCUACCCAUUCACCAUCACGAAUGCGAUUGAUGCGUCGUUCAUCACGGACAACGCUACCGGCCAGAGCUAUCUGAAUUACGGCAGCUUCUGGCAUGAUAUCUGGCAAGUGCCGCUGUCGGAUGAUUUGCUCUCGCUUAGGGAUCCCGAUAAUCCGGAUGCUGUGCAGUUGACGUUUGUGCCGGAUUCUGACUGGAAGCCUGAGGAGGGCUCUUGGAUGAGCUAUAGGGAUGGGUACUACUAUGCGUGGUUUAGUCAUGGGAAGUGCUGUAAUUUUAAGCUGGCGUUCCCGGCGCGCGGGGACGAGUAUGAGAUUCGGGUUGGGAGAUCGACUAAUGUGCGCGGCCCGUUUGAGGAUAAGGAUGGGAAGAAGUUGGUUGAUGGGGGUGGUACGGUGAUUUAUGCUUCGAAUCAUGGUGUUGUUUAUGCCCCUGGUGGGCUGGGAGUAUUGGCUGGAAAUGGAUCCACGCCCGAUGUUCUUUACUACCAUUAUUUGAACACUAGUAUUGGGUUUACGGAUACUGACGCCCACAUGGGCUGGAAUUACUUGAAUUAUACCGACGGGUGGCCCGUGGUAGUGGACGGAAUUGAUCUGAGCGCCUCGAACGCGGCGUUCACUCUUUCAGUCCCAAAUUGGUUGGUAUUGAUGAUGACUUUAAGUUUCUGGCUAUGCACAUGA